AUGCCGCAUUCGAGUAGUCCGUGGAACGUCGAUAAAUUCAAGCUGGACAGGCUGCAGGAGCCUCUGCUUCGUCAUAAUCAACAACAACAACAACAACAAGAGCAGAACAGAGACAGAGCCAUGGUGAGUUCAAUACCAAUAGGGAGAUUUGGGAACGAACUGGACGCGAUGAGCCCGCCGUGGUUAAAGCCAAUGCUGACUGCAAACUACUUCAGGCAAUGUGAAAUUCACGGGAGGGCCAAUAAGAGCGAAUGCAACAUGUUCUGCUUGGAUUGCAUGGAAGAUGCUAUGUGCCCUUACUGUUUAAUUCAUCACAAGGAUCACCGCGUUGUUCAGAUAAGGCGGUCCUCAUACCAUGAUGUGGUGAGAGUGAAUGAGAUUCAGAAGUUCUUGGAUAUAUCGCACGUGCAGACAUACGUCAUCAACAGCGCAAAGGUUGUGUUUUUGAAUGAGAGGCCGCAGCCAAGGCCUGGAAAAGGGGUCACCAACACUUGUGAGAUUUGCUGCAGAAGCCUCCCCGACUCCUUUAGGUUCUGCUCCUUGGGUUGCAAGCUUAAAGGAAUAAAGCGCGGUGACGGUGAGCUCACAUUUACAGUGCUGAGGGCGAAGCACUACAGGGAUGGUUUCUAUGGCGGGUCAGAAUCGGAUGAAUCAACAACUCCAAAGAAGAUAGCAAGGACGGUGCACAUGUUCAGCCGUCUGAUGGAUGGCAAUGCAAUGAAAUACGGGGGCAGGACUCAUGGGGAGGGUACUAGCUCAAGUUCUGGUGAUGAGGAAGGCACUACCAAUAUGUCUCCGUCCACACCUCCCAUUUACAACCACAACAAUGCCAGAAGACGUAAGGGUAUACCUCACCGCGCACCCUUUUGA